AUUAGAGUGAUACUAUAUCUCUAUCUCGCUCGUGCUUUUCUUCAAUUGUUUCACUGGAGCUUUGUCUUUUGAAUGCACUGAUACUCAUUUUUGAAUUCCUUAUAUUAAGGACAUGUCUGUGGUUGAGUAUGCCUCUGGUUCAGUGUGGGUGUUGGGAGGUUUCGUGUUUUUCACAGCAUGGGAUCAUCUGUUGCGUCAAAUGAUUCCUCUCGGAGCGCGUAACACCAGUGUACAAUCGUGGAAAUGGAAGAACACCGCAGUAUCUCUUGUCCACUCCUUCAUCACGGGCUGCUGGUCGCUUCUAUGUUUCUACGAGUAUCCCAAACUAGGAGAAGACUUGAUCAAGACUUACACAAGAUCUUCGCACAUGCUUGUGUCCUUCUCAGUUGGUUACUUUAUACACGACUUCCUUGACAUGGCAUUGCAUCAUAGGAAACGGUCGUCGUAUGAGUUGAUGGUGCAUCACGUGUGUGUUAUAGCUUGCUUUGGUUUAUCAGUCUGGACCAGGAUGUUUGUUGGGUAUGCUGUAGUGGCUCUUUUUGUUGAAGUUAAUAGUAUAUUCCUACAUAUACGGCAGCUGUUUAACAUAACAGGCAUUUGCAAGAAUGAACCAAAGUACCGCCUUAAUUCGAUGCUCAACAUCAGCACUUUUGUGAUUUUCCGGAUUGCGGUUUUGGGAUGGAUGACACGAUGGCUUGUCAUUCACAAAGACGAUCUCUCUCUGGCUGUGUAUACCUUGGGUAGUGUUGGUUUGGCUAUUAUAAUGGUGAUGAGUAUUGUACUCUUCCUUAGAGUAUGUAUAGCAGACUUCACUAAGAAAAAGCACAAGGAUUCAAAUAAGCACAAUGAAUCAAAUCACAAAAAAACUCAAGAAUGUGAUGACAGUAUGAAGUUGUCAUCAGCAGCUACACUACUGCCUAGUGGUACAAACAUUCACCUGGAUUAGCUUCGUAUGAGAAGAUUUACUAUAGCAUUAAAAUUCUUUCUACUGUGAAAAAACAUAGUCAUUGUUUUGUUUUAUGGUGUGUAAGCCCUGAAGAAUUAGUUACUUUAUGGUACCAUUACAUUGUACAAAUAUAAUUGUGUGGUGUUCAUUUGUUUCAGAAAACUAGUAUCUGUACUCAUUUGCAUGCUUUCUAAGUUUUUUUUGCUAGAAUUAAAUUUUGGUGAUGAUGAUUAAUUUAUAUCAUUUUUUGUAAUUGCCAAUCUUAUAAAGAGCAAAAUUGAUUUUAGUUUCAGCUUUUAAAGUUGACUUUUCUGUGUAAAGCAUGCUAAAGUUACCAAGUUACCAGUGAAUGCCUUGAAAAAAUACGGUGGUUUUGUCUCAGGUAAUCCUUUUUUAUAUAUGUUUCAGAGAUCAAAUGCUCUGAACUUUGUAUACUAGAAAUGCACAAUAUUAAUGUGACUAUGCUAUAAAUUGUUUGAAAAAGAAAAAGCGCAAAGAACAUAGAAAGAACAAAGCAGAAUAUAUAAUUUGAUAUUAAUUUUGUGUCAGAUUUUGAGAAUGCUCAGUCUUGAUUAUCGGAUUACAUGCUUAAUUUGCCUCUCUUUUGUAAUUAAGAAUCUGAUUACUUAAUGAGAAAUGUUUGAAUUGCUCUCCAUAUAUUCACACCAAGUAUGUUAGCAGUCAUACUUUUUUUCUGUUUACCUCUGAUGAAAUGAAAAAAUAGUAGGAUUUAGAAGGGAUGGUAAAGAAAUGUUAAACAUACUCACUUUCUGGUUAAUGUCAAGUUUAUGAAAUAUAGCAUGUCCAUUAUUUCUUAGUUUUAUAGCAAAUAUGAACUAAAUAGUUACAAAUGAUAACAGACAUAGAGAAUACUGGGUAUUAAAGAGUGGUUUGUAUAAGUUAGAUAUAAUUUAUAUAAUUUUGGAACUGAUGAAACUGAUGAAGCUGCAUAUGAUAGUCUGCCACAGGCUGUUUCUUGAAUUUUUUGUUGCCACUGAUAUGAAUAUUAGAUUCUUGCAGCAACUUAUAGUUUUGUGAAAAACAUGAUAUUAUGAGAUAAUUGUUAAAUAGCUAGCUGUGUCCCAAAUAACUGUAUCCUCUCUCUUCAUGAGGUCCAUUUAUAGUUUCAUCAAUAAAUGAAUGAUAAUGGAUGUAUCAAGUUUAUGCUGUAAGUUGUUUGCUGCCACUGGUGCUCUAUGUUUGGUCACAUGUGUUUAUGUAACUAAUAUUUGUCAGAAAAUAAUGGAAUAAGUAGAUUUAAUUUGAAAAUCUUGUUUUUGACUACAGGUGUAAUGUGGUGUGUUAAGAUUAAUGUGCUUUUAUUCCAAAUAACAUUAUCACAUUGAAGAACCUUAUUAUAGUCUUAGCCUAUGAACACACUUGGUGUGAAUAAAUGGAUAGUGACCCAGACAUUUAUAUAAACCAAUCAGCUUCAUAGCUAUACAAGAGGACCUUUGGGCAAUUUUGGUUAGGAUAUUACUAGUUCCAAAUAUGACACUGUUAGCAUAGUCAACUCAGUCAACAUAGACUCACUCUAUGCUAAGCAGUCAUUUAGAUAGAGAGCUUCCAUUUCUUUUGACACUGAAGUGUGGUAACUCCUUUAUUUAAGGAAAAACAAUGUAUCAAUAUCAAAAGACAAACUAAAGCUGUGUCCACACUGGCUGUCAGCUGGCAUAAGUGAACUUAAACAAGGUUUAAAAUCCCAAGCAUACAAGUGCAAGUGUAUGUAGGAGAGCAUGAUCUAUUGUAGGAGAAGUUAAUAAUAAACUUUCCUCAUGCCCCGACAGUUUAAGCAAUUCAAUGAUGUCACAUAAAAUAAUUGACAGUAAACAUUUUCUCAGAUUACUCAUAAAAAUGUUCAUUCAGUGAGGACACAAACAAACCAGCAUCCUGCCAAUGUAGAGGCUACCUAAGAAUUAAGAAUGCCACAUCUUUGCUUUGUAAUCGUAUACAGUAUCACAGACAAGCUUCUUGACUAAGAGUAAUUUGCUCAGGAUAUUAUAAGUGAAAAUGUUGAAACUUAAAUAGAUGAUAAUUUGCACAUCAUUGUUUUGAAAUCCAGAUUUGAGUAGUUUUCCAUGUCCUGUAGAUAAAGGUUAUUAAAUGGUUUAUUACAUAUGUAUUUUACAAUAUUUGUAUAAGUAAUCUAAUAUUCCAGGUAUAGUUAAGAAUAUUUUCAGUCAUAGCUUAAUAAUUUUAAAUUUCAACUUUGUAUUAGCUGAAUAUAGAAGUUCAUACUGACAUAGUAAUGGGAGUGUUAUGUAUUAACAUACACUAAAUUAUGGUAAUACUUCAUGUCAUCACUGGCUUGUUUUCUGCAUAAUACAUAGAAACUCAUUUGCAAAAUAGUAUUUUUUUAGCUUGUUAAAUUAUUUGGCAUGCUCUGUUGCUGUAGUUAGUGGAAGGUUUCACAGUUAGAUCUUAGAAAGAGGGAAGCUCACUUAGAACAGAUGAAGGGGGGCUCUCUACCAUGAUGGCUGCCAGAAGUGGUUGAUUACAUUGUGAUGUCAUUGCAGUCAGUUGAGAGAAAGCAUCAUAGUUUUAAUGAAUUACUUUCAUGUAAUAGUUGUUUAUGUCUACAGUGCAGUUUCUUUUCUAUAUUUAUUUUUUUAGUUGACUGUUAUAGAUAAUUCCUAAGAACACUUAAUUUUCCUGUUUCAUAUAAAAAAUGUGUAUAUAAAGUAAGGCUGUUUAUCAGUUAAGGUUUUAGGUUUGCGGCAAGUGAAGGUGUAAAUUUGGCAGUUACAAUUCAUCAUUGCAUGUAAAAGAAAUGUAUUUUAGAACAGUGUUGAGGGUGAAAAAUAUUUAGCUGAACCAGUCAUGAAACAUUUUCAGUAUGUAAAGAGUUAUAUUAUAUUAGUAAAUGUGAAUGAAGGUACUACAAAUCUGACCUUAGUACUGUGUCAGAAAAACUCACUCUAUGAUUACAUUUUUUUUUUUUUUUUUUUAAAUGAGCCUAUCUUUCAAUACAGUACUUUUUAAACAUUUUAUCAACAUGGUGUAGCAGGGGUCUUCAACCUUUUUUGGUCCAAGGGCCAAAUUUUAAAUGUUAAGGGGCUUAAGACCACAAAUGCAUGUUGCAUUAAUACAUGAAAGUGCAUAUAAAGCUCAGUUCAAAAUUGCAUAUGAAAUAUGUAUGGCUUAAAUCAGUUUGAUAAAAUUCAUGGAGAUGAAUUAUAUUUUGUAUAUUUUGCCCUGAUAAACAAGCAGUGUUUGUCUUUUCCCAACUUAUAAUCGAGAUGGGUUCUUUUGCCUACAGUCUAAAUGGGAGUUUAUGGGUUUUUAUUGGAUAUAGAUAUAUUUUUUCAUGAUUAAUUUCUUCAAUUUGUUCAAAUUCAGACAAAGCCUACUGACCACUCAUAUAUGCUUGCCAGGCCACAUGAAACCUGCAGACUGCUGGCCCUACAAUGGACAGCAUUCUUCUCUAGAGACUAAACUAAAUUAGGAAUCGGUGUUUAUUAUAUGGUUAAAAGUAUAUGUAGUAAAAAAUUUUGUUAAACUUUUCAUACUGAUUAGAAGACUCAUGGUAUUAUGAUGCUAUACUGUAUAAUAAUAUCUAAAUAUUUGUUAACUCAAUGCCGACGGGUAUGACGUGUACGCACGUGCUAUGCCCACUGUGAGUACUUGUUUGAUUGUUUUUACACAUAGAUGGCUACACUUGUGCUAAGUCACCAAUGAGCCAGUUACGAGUACUGCC